AGAAAAAGGGAAAGAAAAAUGAGAGCCGUCGCUCACUCCGGCCAAUAGAGAAAGGAGAGUCCAAAGAGCUACUCUAACCAUGGCUACUUCCCCUCUCUCUCCUCCUCUCCUCUCGCCCCUUCCGAUCCCGAAACUCCCCUCUCUCCUCUCAACCUGUAACCCUAACCCUAACACUAAUUCUAAUCCCAGCACUUGGAGGAGGAAGAAGAAGAAGGCGAUCUCUCCGAUCUCCGCCUCCUCCUCCUCCUCCUCCUCGUCGUUCCGGAACGGGACCCCACCGGAGACGGAGUGCCCCGUGCCCGCGGAGCAGCUCCCCGUGAACGAGUACCAAGCCCUAUCGAGCUCUCUCCCCUUCUCCUGGGCCGCCGCCGAUCUCCGCCUAUACUGCUCACGCCUCGCCCUCACCGGCGGAUCCUUCGCCCUCUUCGUCGGCCUCCCCGUCGCCGCCUUCGGUACCGGCGCCGUCGCCGAUCCCCAAGCCGACGCCCUCCGCUGCGCCCUCGGCACCGCGUCCGCGGGGCUCCUCGCGGCCACGCUCGCCGUGCUCCGGAUGUACCUCGGGUGGGCCUACGUUGGCAACCGAUUGCUCAGCGCCACAGUGGAUGCAGAUGAGGAGACGGGAUGGUACGAUGGGCAAAUAUGGGUGAAAACUCCUGAAGUCUUAGCCCGUGAUCGGCUCUUGGGCUCAUUUUCUGUAAAGCCUGUGCUAAACAGGGUGAAGCUUACAUUAGUAGUUCUGGCGGUGUCCUUGGUAGUCUGUGUUCUUCUUUUCAUCAAUACUGAGAACCCAAAGCGGUCAUCGGAAGAUGGUGGUGGACGAGCUAUAGCUGGAGUGUACAACGAUGCCUCAGCAAGGUCAUUUGAGCCUGAUGCAUUCUGUGGCGAACCUGAUCUGUCGUAGAGUAUGUUCAGUAAACUUUCUUUCCUUUCCCUGGUAAUUCAUCUGUUCCUCUCGUUCAUGUGGAGGACCUGUAUUACUCUAGUUUCCAUGUAUGGUAACAUCAUCAGUUGGGUAUUCCCAAUUGGUGGUAGUUAUGGCAAGUUGUACAUAAAUACCAUCUACAGGACAACAUCUUACAUUAAUUGAUAUAUUUAUAAGAACUCUGUAAAAUUUUUAGAGAGUCAAAAGAUUUUGCCUUCUUUGUCGCU